CUUUUAAGAAGUCACGUCAGUUUGGAAGAGGAGUUCGACCCACCUGAUGAUCCUUGGCUCAAUCCGCUCCACAUUACUUACCACAUUAAUCUACCUCUGACAUCAAACCCAUCUGCGUGCGUGCGUUUUAUAAUUUCUCAGCAAUCGCUUUUUGUAACUUCUAGUGAAUAUUUUAACGGAAUAUUAAAGGAUUGGUACGGUCAUUAUCAGUCCUAAAUUGCACUACCGUCUUUCCCCUUUUUUAUUUUUGCACGAGCAUUUUUACGAGCAUUUUUGUGAGGAUGCAUACCACCCAAAAGGACACCACUUAUACCAAGAUAUUUGUCGGUGGUCUUCCGUAUCAUACGACGGAUUCCAGUCUAAGGAAGUAUUUUGAAGUGUUUGGCGAAAUAGAAGAAGCAGUGGUGAUUACCGACAGACAGACUGGAAAGUCCAGGGGUUAUGGAUUUGUGACUAUGGCAGACCGUUCUGCUGCAGACAGAGCCUGUAAGGACCCCAACCCCAUCAUCGACGGCAGGAAAGCCAACGUUAACCUGGCUUAUCUCGGAGCCAAGCCACGGGUGAUGCAGCCAGGUUUUACCUUCGGUGUCCCUCAGAUUCACCCUGCUUUCAUCCAAAGACCAUAUGGGAUCCCCACUCACUACGUGUACCCGCAGGCCUUCAUGCAGCCCAGUGUGGUCAUCCCUCACAUCCAGCCAGGGGCGGCCUCUGCCACCGCGUCCUCACCUUACAUCGACUACACUGGUGCAGCCUACGCACAGUACGCCAGUGCCGCAACCGCUGCAGCCGCUGCAGCCUACGAGCAGUACCCAUACGCUGCCUCUCCUGCUGCAGCCGGCUACGUAGCUACCGCCGGCUACGGCUAUGCCAUGCAGCAGCCACUGGCCACCGCCGCACCGGGGUCUGCAGCCGCAGCUGCCGCCUUCGGUCAAUACCAGCCCCAGCAGCUGCAAGCCGAACGGAUGCAAUAGCAACCAAAGAGACGGAUGGAAGAAGCGCAGGGAAUCGACGCCCAACAACUGCUACUAGAUAAUGAAGAGGAUGGUGACGAAAAUAGUUGCUGGUUGUGGGUUGAUUGCAAGAGGAGGAAGACGAGGAGCAUACAGGAGGAGGAUAGUAAUUGAUAGAGAGAUUAUUAGUGAGAUGGGAACUCCAUUGCUUUCCAACUUGCUGUGAUUGAAGAAAAACAAAACAAAAGCAGACAAACAAAAAAAGAUCGCAGAAAAGGACAGAAUCUAGCUUUUUACUAUUAUCAUUAUUAUCAUGUUAUCUUUAUUACUAUAAUUAAUAUUAGAGUAGGAUAUUUAUUGCUAAAGGAGGUAUGCAGCGACUAAUCACUGUGGUAUAGUUGCGUUGUAGACGAAACCUGAAGUCCCGAUGCUGUCAUUUAAUGUAGGCGACUUUUUCCGAAAGACAAUUGGAAAUGUCCCACAUUGUUUUGAUUCUAGGGCCCCUUAUCUUUAUAUUUAUGCUCAUUUUUGAGGGCUCAUUUUUUUCUGUCUUCUCAAGUGCAUUUCUUUUUUUUUUCAUCAGGGAAAUGGAGCAUUUUUCAGCGAAUUAGAAACGUCACACUCUGCCAAUCAGGGAUAGUAGACCUAACUGUGGUGAAAUGGAGCGAGAUCCAGUGUUAGCAUGUUUUAUGUGUUGUGAACUACCUUUUUAUCUAUCUGAUGCUGAAUGUCCCCCCUUUCUCUGACUCCUGACCUAUGCAAAGCAAACAGACCGCCAGGGGACAAAACAAAGUGCAGGAACAGGAGAGAUUUUCUUUUGCUCCCCACAAUGGGCAUCGAACAAUUCGAAGGCAUUCUCGAAAAAACCCAAAAAGACUGAGAUGUAUUGUAUUAUAUGCUUACAAAACACUAACAUGUACACCGUUACACACAAAUUUAAGUGUUAAUGUCUGUCUGUGGGCAAGGGAGGACGCAUAAACACACACACACAAAGAUGACUACAUAGGGAAAAAAAGCACGGGGCAUUGCUCAGUAUUAGUACUAGAAUCUGGCAGCAAUUGCUGUGUUGGAAGGAACAGGCACUGAGACACACACUCACUCACUCACUCACUCACACACACACACACACACAGUCAGAUUGCUCUGGAAAGAUCACUGGUGCUCGUUUAUUGAGCUGUCACAGUUUCAUCCCUGGACCCCUGUCCUGCUCUGGGUCUGUCAACUUUUCUUAUCCUCCUAGAGAGGGUCCAGAAGCUUGAGGACAGACCUGUGCAUCCUCCUGAUAUCAGCGACGGAUCAUUAUCUGGAUCACGACAAGGAUCCACGAUAAGGGAGGGGGGGUUCCCUGCAAGCUUUUUACCCUAUACAAUGAACCGCUAUUGGCCUGGUCUUUAUAUGUUCACUAAGAAAUAUGUCUGAACACCAGCACACGUAAUAAGGUCUAUGUAUUUCAAUGAGCAACUCUUUACAGAACAGCACUAUAGCGAAAGGAUCCGAAUCCGUGAGUACGAGGGUUCUUUGUGUGCCUUACAUUUGUAAUGCUAUUUAAAGACAUCUGCUAUUUAAGAUAUUUAUUUUGAGUUGACUUAUGUUGCGCUCUAAGAACACUGACUUAGAAGCGGUACUGUAUGGAUAUAAUGUAUUCAUCUCAUGGCAUAUUAUUAUUAUUAUUAUUAUAAGUUAUUGAGUAGGCUCAGUUGUAGUAUUAUUAACAUACUCAACCAAAAAUGUUGGUGUAGGACUUAAGAUACAAUUCUGUAUGUGCACUGUACAAAUCUUUUUUUUUUUUUUUCUUGAUAAAUUUGGAAUUUUAGAACAUGACAUUAAACAUCGGCUAGUGUAAUGCCUAUCAUAUGACAUUUAUUUUAUUGCAGGCCUGUUGUUUCGGGCAUGCUAUUUCCAUUUGUCAUAUACAGAACUGUUUAAAUUACUAAAAAAAAAGGACAAAAAAAAAGACCUGGCGAAACCUAAGGGACAUGCUGCUUCAUACACUAGAAUGUAUUGUCAAUGUCGAGGAUGGAUGCUGUGCUUCUUUUGCUUUAAAUAUGCAUCAGAUGGGCUAUUUUACACUGUUGAGAAUUUUUAUACUUGAACUCUUUCUUACAAGGGAAAAUAUGAAAAAAGAAUAACAACACACAAAAACCAAGGACUUUUUUCAUUGUCACUGGAUUUGGGCAUGUAAAGUGUUUAUGACUAUUUAAAUACAAAUGUUCUGUAGGUAAGCCUUAUUUCAGAUUUUCAACAUUAUUUACUCUAAAUGGAAAUAAAAGGUUCUAUAUUUAAACCUCAAA